ACACAGGGAGUUAUUGGUUAGGAGGAGUUUCAUUUGCAGACCCACCAGUCUCCCCUCUCUCCGACAGAAGCCCUCUCUUCCAACGGCGCCUGCAAAGACGGCGUCAUCUCGCCGACUUCAGUCCGCCGCCACGAUGGCGCCGGCAUAAUGGACUCCGUCACGGACUUCGCCAAGAGAUCCACUGAUUAAUGGGAGGAAGAGCAUGUGAUUUAUGUCGGUUGGUUUGAUUUUCCGUUAAUUGUGGCUCCGGGUUUCCACUUCUUCAUCAUCUUGUUGCUCGUUUAUCAAAGAGACUAAAGUCGCUGAAGAUCUCGGAUUACAUGCGUUUAAGAAUACUCAGACUUCUUCAAAAACAGAAUGGCAAGCAAUAUGUCCACAACAAUCGACUAUCUGAUUUCAGACACUGUAAAUGGAAGCGGCUUUUUAAUACAAGGGAAAGAAGAGAAUUCCUGAUUUGCUAUGGCAGCGUCUGCUAAAACUCUCACGGCUAAAACUAGUUCUAUGAAUGGAGAAUGGACAGUUGUCCUACCUCGUCGUGGCAGAAAAAGAACCUGUCCAAUAACAAGAACUCGGGAACAGCAACAACCAGUCUCUUGGGCUCCAACGGAUUUUGAAGUUAAUUCCCUUAGAGAAUCAAAACUGAAGCAGAAGAUGCAAAUCUGUAUGAAGAAACUCGAGACUUCCCAAUUCUUUCUUACUUUACUGGAUCAGAUUCGAUCUCCAGAGAUCAUCCAGUGUUUUCACAAGGUGUUAGGCUCGGAGUUGAAGAUGCAGAUGGUUAUAUAUGGCAUAGGCAGUAUUGAAUCAUACGAAAAUCCUCGAUUGCAGCUGAGCCUUGCUCUUCUGUUAAAGAGUAAGUUCGGCUGGAUUGGGGACAUAGAGGUAUUUGAUCCUAUUCUUUCCGCGACAGAAUCACGGGUUCUUGAAUUUCUAGGUUGUUCUGUCUUAUCAAUUAAUGAGCAAGGUCGGCGAAAGGUGCAGAAGCCAACAAUGCUCUUCAUGCCGCAUUGUGAGGCGGAGUUAUAUGACAAUCUGUUGCAGGAAAACUGGAGAAUUGAGCACUUGAAUAACCUAGUAAUAUUUGGCAAUAGCUUUGAGAAUUAUGAGCAGUUUGUAUCUGAGUUUAAGAACUCAACUGUUGCUUCAGCAAGGCAUAUGUUGUCGGCUCAAAAGUUCACGGAGGAAUUCAAAAUUCAGACAGUUUUAGAUGAUUAUUUUGGUGCUUUUCACGAUUCAAGCUGGCAUUUUUUCAGCCCUGUUAUCGAGCCAGGGCUGCAGUAUGUCAAUUCUUGAUGGAAACAUUGGAAACUUGAUUAUGAUUGAAAAUAGUGCUGAGAUUUAUACAAUAAAUUAUAACUUCCAUUCA